GGUGGUGCGCGUGUCCACUCGACCUGCACACAGACACACAUUAUUUUCUGGCCAGUCGCGUUACUCACAAGACCAUUCUUUCCUUGAUUGAUGUCCCAGCAGUUGUGGGGACGGGGAACGUUACCACAGGAAAUUUAUCAGGUCUUUUAGAUCAAUUGCUUUGAAGGAGUUUGGAGCGCUCCAUGAAGUCAUCCACAGGUGAAAGGGUUCCGCACAUUAGUGUUACUGUCGAGAGACAAGUGCACUCACAAGAAUCUUUCCACGAUGCGGCUGAAUAUGAAAAACCUAAUGAUGAAGGGAUCAUACAAACAUUAAAGAAUAAGUGUCGACAUGUCGAUGGAAAGCGAAUGCUCCUCUCAACAUUUCCCAUCGCAGAUUGGCUUUCCAGGUACAGCUUCCGGCAAGACUUGCCCUGCGAUGUGAUUGCGGGUUUUACCGCUGCGAUAAUGCAAAUUCCGCAAGGAUUGGCAUACGCACUCCUUGCAAAUAACCCCGCUAUCAUUGGCAUCUACAUGGCAGUUUUCCCUGUUAUCCCAUACAUUUUAUUUGGGACCUCUCGACACACGUCUAUGGGAACAUUUGCUGUAAUGUCUCUAAUUGUUGGGAGAGCGGUCGACGAAUAUUCAAACAACACCUCAUUCACCUUCCCAAAGAUUGAUGAAAACGGUAUUGCGACUGUCGUAACAUAUAUGCCGGAAGAAGUCAGUGCUAACAUUUCACUUUUAGUAGCAAUGUGGCUGAUAUUGAUGUAUCUGUUACGGGCGGGCAGUUUGUGCGCACUUCUCUCUGAUGUAUUGGUAAACAGUUUCACUUGCGGCGCAGGCAUUCACAUUUUUACUUCACAAAUAAAAUCGAUCCUUGGCGUGACAACAACUAGAUAUAGCGGCCCAUUCCAAUUAGUGAAGACCUACUCGGAGAUAAUGCAAAAACUGACGGACAGCCUCAACGACACAGAUGCGCAAAUCACAAUCGUCGCCUCUAUGACGAUUGCCAGCGUUUGCAUUACUGCUUCAAUUGUCAGCAUAUACUUUAUCAAGCCUCAAUUUGCAAAACUUACAAAAGUGCCAUUUCCUUGUGAGCUGAUUAUUGUGAUUGCUGGAGUUAUUUUAUCCGGCUCCAUGGAUUUUGAAGGAAAAUAUGCACUGCCAGUGGUCGGUACGAUUCCGAAAGGAUUGCCACAACCGGUGUUUCCACAAAUAGGUCUUUCAUCUGAACUGCUCGGCGUGAGUUUCGUCGCCGCGGUUGUUUCUUACACGACCGUAAUGUCCAUGGCUCUGAUUUUGGCACGCGGGGAGGACUAUCAAGUGGGCGCGAACCAAGAGCUGCUUGCAAUGGGUCUGGGAAACGUCGUCGGUUCUUGCUUCUCGUGCAUACCGUUUGCAGCUUCCUUGAGCAGAAGCAUUGUUUCCAAGAACGUGGGCGGAAAAACUCAACUGACCAAUCUUACGUCGCUUAUUAUCAUAGUGUUUAUCCUACUCUGGGUGGCUGACUUUUUCGAGCCUCUGCCGCGGGCGGUUUUGGCAAGCAUCAUCGUAGUGGCCCUCCGAUCCAUUUUGCUACAAAUUAUGGAUUUGCCCUCGUUCUGGCGCCUUUCGAGAGCAGAUGGCAUUCUUUGGGUUACAGUUUUCCUCUCGGUUGUACUGAUCGACAUUGACUACGGUCUACUCAUCGGAUUUGUUUUGUCAGCAUUGAGAGUUUUCAUGCAGGGUUUGAAAGCAUAUGCCUGCUUGCUUGGGAACGUUCACGGCACUGAUCUCUACCUGGACAUUCAAAGAUACAAGGCUGCUUUCGAAAUCCCUGGCUUCAAAAUUGUGCACUACAGCGGCUCUUUGAAUUUCGCCACGCGGCAACGCUUGCACGAAAUAAUCACGAAUUUGACUGGUGUGAAUCCCCAAGAUCAACUUCGCAGACGUAACAAAAAUAAGAUGCUGCAGAAGCGAGGGGAAACGGACUUAACGGGAGCAGACAACUUUGGAUUUGAAAAUUGCCAUGGUGAAAAUGACAGGCCAAAUUGUUUUAGAAAAGUGGAAGUAAUCAUUUUAGACGUGAGUGGAGUGAGCACCAUUGAUCCGUCAUCCGCACAACAGUUAAGCGCUAUUAGAGACGAGUACCAUGAUAUUGACAUUAAGUUCCUAAUUGUUGGUUGCACCGCGCCCGUUUACGAGGUACUGAGAAAAUGCGAUCUACUGGUUGGGGAGAACGCUCUCAAAGUAUACCCAUCAGUGCAUGAUGCUGUGCAAAUUUACCUCCACCAAGAAUAGGGGAGCAGCAUUAAAAUGCUGUUAAUUAGUUUCUGAAAGAGAUUUACUGUCAGCUCAUUAUAGCUGCAUUUAAAUAGGGUUAGUCGUCAUAAAUAUUUAGAGUAUGAUUGAAAUGUUUUGAUUUAUUUUCACAAAAAAGUAAAGAUGACAACAAAAAUAA